GACUGUAUUGAUGUGUGUAGCCCGUGUAGCCCGUGUAUGGCCGUGUAGUAGGAGACUUGGAGUGUCCGUCCGACUAUUUCGUCAUUUUCCGUCUCGGUUGCAUCAGUUUGAAAGGUUGAUCGCGUGUCACGGUCAUUGCUGAGGCGCUAACUUGCCAUCAUUCACGGGCUUCUGGUGGCGGUGGAUCACGUUUCAGUAUGAAUUUGGAGGCAUCCAAGAAAAAUCCGCCUUUCGGGGCCGUUCUGAUGGCCAAGGUGACUGGAAACGGGGUCAAAUGGGCCGAACAAACCCGAAUGAAUGUGGGUCAAGAUAUCGCACUGAACAACUCAGCCACAAUCAUUCGAUACUUGGCUCGCUCCGCUGGCCAUCUCAAUCUGUAUGGCAAUGACAUUCUGAGCCGAACCAAGAUCGACCAUUGGCUGUCCUUGACCAUUGGACCACUGUCGAACGUCAAAGAGUUCCUUGGUUCAAUCAACUACAUUGAGUCUGUCGUGGAACCAACUCAAUAUAUGGUGAACAACAUCAAGUCCGCCGCGGAUUAUGCUCUCUUUGGAUCACUUUUUGGUAGUGGUUUCUGGCAGGGUAUGAUGGCGAAUGGUACUGCGCCAACCAAGACCAAGGCCUGGUACGAAUUUAUGGAGAAUCAGCCUGAGGUGAAGCCGGUGGUGAUGGAUUUUCCUAAGAACCUAUUGCCGACUCCAACGGAUUUGCCAAAACCAGGACCUCGGGGCAAUCAACGCCGCCGGUCCAGUCACAAGGAUACUACACCCAAGGGAGCUAAACCGACUGCCGCUAACGCAGCUAAACACCAAGCGGACGAUCGUGCCAAGGCCAAGCAAACCAAGGACGAGGGAAAGUUUGUAGAACUUCCUGGAGCCGAGAUGGGAAAGGUGGUUGUGAGAUUCCCGCCUGAGGCGAGUGGAUUUCUUCAUAUUGGUCAUGCCAAGGCUGUGUUGCUGAACCAACACUACCAGCAACACUUUCAAGGCAAAUUGAUCCUUCGUUUUGAUGACACGAAUCCUGCCAAAGAGAAGGAAGAGUUUGAAGAGGUCAUCUUGCACGACUUGAAGCUCCUUCAGGUCAAGUAUGAUCAUUUCUCUCGAACUUCCGACCAUUUUGAAACCAUGCUUAAAUAUUGCGAAAAGCUUCUCAAAGAAGGAAAAGCUUUUGUGGAUGAUACCGAUGCCGAGACCAUGAAGGCUGAACGUGAGCAACGUCAAAACUCGACGAACCGCGAUAAUAACGUGGAAAAGAAUUUAAAGAUGUGGGAGGAGAUGAAGAAGGGCUCCGAGAUGGGUCAGAAGUGCGCCGUGAGAGCCAAGAUGAACAUGAAUUCGGAUAAUGGGAGCAUGCGCGAUCCAACUAUUUACCGUUGCAAACCGGAAACCCAUCCCGCCACGGGUAACAAGUACAAGGUGUAUCCCACCUACGACUUCGCGUGUCCCAUUGUGGACAGCAUUGAAGGCGUUACCCAUGCCUUGCGUACCACCGAGUACAUGGAUCGAGAUGAACAGUUCUUUUGGUUCAUCGACGCCCUAGGUCUCCGGAAACCACACGUGUACGCUUAUUCACGAUUGAGCAUGACCAACACUGUCAUGUCCAAGCGGAAAUUGACCUGGUUUGUUGAGAACGGAUAUGUGGAUGGAUGGGAAGAUCCACGUUUCCCAACUGUCAGGGGAGUUUUACGGCGAGGACUUACCAUUGAAGCCCUGAAGCAAUUCAUUGUGGCUCAAGGAUCUUCUCGCUCGGUGGUGUUUAUGGAAUGGGACAAGAUUUGGGCCAUGAACAAGAAGGUCAUCGACCCAGUAGCCCCUCGCUACACCACUGUUGACAAGACCUACAAUGUUACCGUUCAUCUGGCCGGGGUCAAGGAAUGUGCCACUCAAGCUGACCUUCAUCCUAAAGACCCGUCGAUAGGCCAAAAGACCAUCUGGCAGUCGUCUCAAAUCCUGAUCGACGGAACCGAUGCCGACGCUCUGGUGGAAGGAACCAAUGCAACGUUUAUCAAUUGGGGUAACAUGACUAUCAAGAAGAUCGUCCGAAAUGGCAACAAGGUCGUGUCGGUGGAGGCUGAGCCCAACUUGGACAACAAGGACUUCAAGAAGACACUGAAGGUGACUUGGUUAGCUCAAACUGCGAAAGCCUCUUCCAUUCCUACGAUCCAGGUGUACUACGAUCACAUCAUCAAGAAGGCAGUCCUGGAUAAAGACGAUGAUUUCAAGCAGUACAUUGGCGAGGAAACCAAGUUCGAGAUGGAGUUCUUGGGCGAUCCGGAAUUUGUCAAACUGAAAAAGGGCGACAUCAUUCAAGUUCAAAGGCGCGGUUUCUUCAUUGUGGAUCAGCCUUACAGCCCCCCUUCAGCCAACUCUUGCAAGCCCGUGCCAAUUCGAUUGAUUGCUAUUCCUGAUGGAACGCCCACUAGCUAUGGCCCACCGGGCAAAAGUGUAGCCAAAAUCCCUCAGACUCAGCCAAGUGGCAAAGGAAAAAGUGCGGGAGGUGGGAACAAGAAAUCUACCCCCAAAGCAACUUCAGUGGGCAGCGGUGGAGAUGCUCCGGCUAUUCACGAUAAGAUCGUUGCUCAAGGUGAGAUUGUUCGUUCCUUGAAGUCCAACAAAAGUGGCAAGGCCGAAAUUGAUCAAGCCGUCAAGACCCUACUUGACCUCAAGGCUCAAUACAAGUCGGCUACUGGUUCCGAAUGGAAACCGGGUAUUCUGACCAAUAUCAAAACUCCCACAACCACCACCGCAAAGCCAACGGGAAAGAAUCAUGGAGACGAGCUCAAUGACACGGUCACCCAGCAAGGUGAUUUGGUACGGAAGCUGAAAUCUGACAAGGCCAGCAAAGCCGAUAUUGACCAAGCUGUAAAGAGCCUUUUGGCUGCUAAAGCGGAAUACAAGAAAGCCACGGGAAAAGACUGGAAACCUGGUGCACAUGUGACUGAACCAGAAAGUGGACCAUCUCCUGUUUCCGACAAUGGAGACUUGAACGCCAAGGUCAUCGCGCAAGGAGAUUUGGUGAGGAAACUCAAAGGGGAAAAAGCAGACAAAGCUCAAGUGGAUGCUGCCGUUAAAUCUCUUUUGGACUUGAAAGCUCAGUUUAAGACCGCCACCGGGUCUGAAUGGAAACCUGGCCUACCCACCUCAACAAAAUCUACUUCAAAGGCCGCUACUGCAGGUGGCGAUACUGGAUCUGGUCUUAAUGAUCAGAUUACACAGCAGGGGGAUCUGGUGCGUCAAUUGAAGGUGGAUAAGGCCGACAAGGCCAAGAUUACAGCCGCCGUCCAAACUCUCCUCGACCUGAAGGCCCAAUUUAAGACGGCAACAGGACAGGACUGGAAACCGGGAAAUCCCGCUAACCCUCCUCCCCGCGACAACAAGAAGUCUUCUUCGCCGAGCAAGACCACAACUUUCGAGCUUAGCGACCUAGAGAAAGAUCUGCAAGAUAAUAUUGCCAAGCAAGGCGACGUCGUCCGAAAAUUAAAGGGUGAAAAGGCCGACAAAGCUGAUGUGGAUGCCAACAUUAAGAUCCUGUUGGAUUUAAAGGCCAAGUUCAAAGAGAAAUUGGGCCGUGAUUGGACCCCUCCCGCCAAUACGGGCGAUCAGAAUUCGUCGGGCGCUGGUGGUAGAAAAGGAGGUGGAGGAGGAGGAGCGAGAAAGCCCAAAGAGAAGAAGGCCAACAAGCCUGAAACCGCUGCCAAGAAGGAGGACAAUCCCACGGGCCAGACUGCUGUACGGCCAAGAACCAACAAGCCUGAAACCGCUGCCAAGAAGGAGGACAAUCCCACGGGCCAGAAAGUCACUCGAUUGGGUAUGGAGGCCAAGAAAAGCGAAUCCCUCUCGGAUUGGUAUUCCCAAAUCAUUGUCAAGGGAGAACUCUUAGAAUACUAUGAUGUCUCUGGUUGCUACAUCCUUCGCCCAUGGGCCUUCUCCAUUUGGGAGAAAAUCGUGGCCUUCUUCGAUGAAGAAAUAAAGAAACUGGGCGUGGAGAAUUGCUAUUUUCCUAUGUUUGUCUCGCAAACCGCCCUCCAAAAGGAGAAGGAUCACAUUGCCGAUUUCUCACCGGAAGUGGCCUGGGUGACAAAGUCCGGCGAUUCUGAAUUGGCCGAACCGAUUGCCAUUCGCCCUACGAGUGAGACCAUCAUGUAUCCCGCUUUCGCCAAAUGGAUUCAAUCCCAUCGAGAUUUGCCCUUGCGAAUCAACCAAUGGAGCAACGUUGUGCGAUGGGAAUUCAAACAACCCCAGCCCUUCCUAAGAACCCGCGAGUUCUUAUGGCAAGAAGGCCACACUGCUUUUGCCACUCAACCGGAAGCGGACAAAGAGGUGCUGCAGAUCUUGGAUCUCUACCGUCGGAUCUACGAGGACUUGCUAGCCAUUCCCGUCAUUCCAGGACGCAAAACCGAGAAGGAGAAAUUCGCAGGGGGUGAUUACACCACGACCGUAGAAGCUUACAUCGCUGCAGCCGGAAGAUCCAUCCAGGGUGCCACCUCCCAUCACCUGGGACAAAACUUCUCCAAGAUGUUCGACGUAACUUUUGAGAGUCCGGAAACGGGCGAGAAGCAAUUUGUGUUCCAGAACUCUUGGGGAUUGACCACCCGUACCCUCGGAGUUUUAGUUAUGGUUCAUGGAGAUGACAAAGGACUGGUUCUGCCACCCAACGUUGCCAACUUCCAAGUGGUUGUGGUGCCUUGCGGCAUCUCCGGUUCGGACGAGGAUCGUAAAUCGCUCUAUGAAGCAUGCCAAGAAUACGUGGACACGUUGCAAGGCGCUGGAAUCCGAGUUCGUGGUGAUAUGCGGGAAAAUGUCUCACCCGGAUGGAAGUUCAAUCACUGGGAGUUGAAAGGCGUGCCAGUCCGACUUGAGCUUGGUCCAAGAGACAUGAAGAAGAACCAGUACAUGGCGGUGCGACGUGAUACCGGUGCCAAGAUCCCCAUGGAAAAGGCCAACGUGGUUGCGGGGGUCAAGAACUUAUUAGACUCCAUUCAAUCUGAUAUGUUCCAAAAAGCCAAGGCUGACUUGGAGUCACACCACGUGUCUGUGGAUAAAUGGGCGGACUUUGUUGCGGCCUUGGAUCAAUGCAAGACCAUCGAAGCACCUUUUUGCGGCGACAAGACUUGUGAAGAAAUUAUCAAGGAGGAGAGCAAGAAUAACGUUGAAGUCGAGGAAGGAGCUCCAUCUAUGGGAGCCAAAUCGUUGUGCAUCCCAUUUAAACCGUUAAAGACUUUGAGCAAAAACGCUUCUUGCGUUAAGCUCGGAUGCUCAAAGCCGGCCCAAUUCUACACGCUCUUUGGUCGAAGCUAUUAAAUGGUUCAUGUGACGGUGUAGUGUUCUUCAUCGUUACACGUCUGAUCGCAAGUUAUCUAUAUAAAAAUACAAACGUUUAAAACCCUAAA